GCUAUAUUUGAUCGAACCGUAAUGGAUAACCUGUUGGGUGAAAGUCGCUGCCGAUUACAAGCAGUAAACUUAUUUAGAGGCUAGGCGAGGUUAAGGAAAAUUGGGAAAAGUUUUACCAAUUGUCAAACUAGUGGGUUCAGUUGAGGAAAACGUAAUUACGAAAGUUGCUGUGUAUAACGAGAAAAAAGUGUCAGCCUUUGUAAGGUAUGCAAGGAUUGCUAGUGUACAGGAAAAGAAACGAAAAAGGAUUCAUGUGAUCCAAGGAGCAAACAUCAAUGUUAAUAUGGGAAUAUCUCUGGCGGUCUAGUUUCAAGUGGUUAUAUGCGUGAAAGAAAGCAACAGUGUUGUAUGUGAUACCAAACCUACCGAUGGUAAAUAACCAGCAAAAGGAUUACAUUUCAACGUAGGACAGCAAAAUUUAGUGUCCUUCUUUGAUUGUUCUGAUUUCGAUGCAAAAAGUGAACACUCGUUUCGUGCUACGCGAAUAAAGAGAAAAGAUUUUCAAACGCACGCUGAGUUUCGGCCCUAGUCGUCAAAAGAUUAUGCAAUUUCCCAAAACCAACGAACGGUGUUGGUUGACAUCAUGGUGCUGAGUACCGAAUGGUCCCAGGUGGAAAUAAUUGACCUCAUCAACGACGGCAAUGGGCUCGGCUUCAUGCUGGUUGGAGGUCGAAGCACCGGAGUAGUUAUCAAAGCGCUGAUUCCUGGAUCCGUAGCCGAACGCGAUGGACGACUGCAGAGCGGCGACCACGUGCUACAGAUCGGCGAUGUUAAUCUGCGUGGUUUUAGCUCGGAACAGGUGGCAACCGUAUUGCGACAAACCGGACAUCAGGUUCGUAUAAUAGUGGCUCGUCCGGUGGAACCUACCUCACCGGACUAUCAGGCUCUGGCCAGCCAUGCACCAAUCAUACCCACCAAGAUGCUGACCGAUCCGGAAGAGCUUGAUCGAACCCUGCUGCAAACGGCCGGUUACACGUCGGGAGCGUUUCUACAAUCGCCCGUUGAGGAAGUGGAGGAACUGUGUCAGACCCAUAUCGAAGUGGUCGCGGUGAACAAUACAAUAAAUAUCGAUAGUAAUAGAAUAGCACUAAUUUCUCCGUCAUCGAUAUCGAUCCCACAAGUGCUUAGUAAGCCCUCACUAGAACUUGAUCAUCAGCAGCAGAUGCCACCGCCACCAUUGCAACCACCCGAUCCUCAGGACUAUGUCGAUCUCCCGGAGACACCCGAAACGGAAACCUACGAAGUGGAGCUAAGGAAGAAUGUGUACGGUCUUGGCAUUACUGUGGCUGGUUAUGUAUGUGAAGAGGAAGAUCUUUCGGGAAUUUUUGUGAAGAGUAUUAUCGAGGGUAGUGCCGCGGAAAUGAGUGGUAAAAUUCAAAUCAAUGAUCGCAUAGUGGCAGUCGACGGCAAGUCAUUGAGUGGCGUAACCAACCACCAAGCGGUGGAGCUUCUUAGGAAUACGGAUAUUGCUGUGAAACUGUCACUAGAACGGUUUCUGCGUGGUCGAAAAUAUGAGCAUCUACAGGUGGCAUUGAUUGAUACAAGUUCCGCGAGUACACAUGCUGCGAGCAAUUCCCAAUUGUCACAGUAUCAGCAUCGGUGUUCGAUUGUUCAGUCACCUUCGGUGACAACGUUGUCAAUUUGUUUGGCAAAGUCGGAUGCGGAUUCCAUGGUAACCGAAUGUGGGGACUGUGGAAUCGAACCGGAGAUGGAAUCAGCUACCACGUUUGACUCGAAUGUGUUCCUUCUGGAAAAUGGUGACUGUAGUGAGAAUGGUUUGUAUGAAAAUGGGGAUAUUAUCGCGGCAAUGGCUGCGUCUGCAGCCGCUACACCGAUGAGAGAAAACAUGGAUUUAGUGCUUGAUAUGCAGGGUGAUGUUAUACGCAGUGCUUCACAGCUUGUCACUCCAAUCGUGGAAUUAAACCCGGUAAUUGAGAUGUGGCAGAGACAGAUUCCUUGUAGUCAGGUGAUAUAUGCCGAUAUACAGAAGCUGUCCGGGUUGGGGAUUAGUUUGGAAGGCACGGUUGAAGUGGAAGGUGGUGUUGAGGUACGUCCUCAUCAUUAUAUCCGAUCAAUUUUGGAGGAUGGUCCUGUUGGACGAGAUGGAACACUGAAGCCGGGUGAUGAGUUGCUACAGGUCAACGAACAUCGUCUGCAGGGGUUAAAGCAUAUCGAAGUGGUAAAGAUCCUUAAAGAACUUCCCGCGAAAGUGAGAGUGAUUUGUGCUCGCGGUUCUUCCGCACCAACUGUGAUCAAUACUUCCCAAAAUGCGGAGGCAUUCGAAGCACGCAGUCUCCUGGCUGGCGGUCUUCAAAGUCUUCAAAGCUUGCAAGGAAUUCUGACAAAAGCCCAGUCAGAGAGUUCGCUGUACACAUCUAGUACGGCUACACUGACCGACCAGCAGCGUUCCAAAUCCGUGGAACAGGUGUCCGGUUUGGCCUUGUGGACCAAUGAGGUAAUCUACUGUGAAAUUGAGAAAACGGAACGCGGUUUCGGGUUCUCAAUAUUGGACUACCAGGAUCCGUUGGAUACGGAAGGUACGGUGAUAGUGGUGCGAGGUUUAAUCCCUGGAGGAUCGGCCGAAGCCACGAACUUUAUCUUUCCCGGUGACCGACUGGUCUCGGUGAACGAACAUAGUCUGCAGGGGGCUACGUUGGAUCUAGCGGUGAGUAUACUGAAAGGAAUUCCUCUCGGAACGGCACGAGUCGGACUGUGUCGACCGCUGUCGACGUCGGAUAACAAUCUGUCAUCUACGCCGGAGACUCCCACCACAUAACUACAGAUAAUUGAUCUGUUUUUCGAGCUUGACAUCUAGCAAACGGGCGGCAAGACUCGGCACAUUGACCAAAAGCAGAUCAGUUUAGUUCGAACCGGUAGGAUAUGUUUUGUUGUCGGUUAGAUUAACAUAUGAUCUUGAGUGCGCUGUUGAAAUUUUGAUUACGUCAAACCUGUGCCGUAAGAGCUUUGGAUUAGACUAAUUUGACCGCGUUCUGUUUGUUGAGUUCUGCACCAGCGAAAAAAAAUACUUGGGUACCAAGGAAACAUUCCAUUAUGCAUAAUAUUAGAAAAACGAAGUAAACAAGAGAGAAAGAGUAAAGAAAAAUAAAUGUUGAAGGUGUAGGGGAGAUACAAUCGAGUAGAAUUCUAAACGCUAUUGUCAUUGCCUCAUUUAGUAACAUUGCGGAGUAGAAAUAAAGGAAUUAGGCACAUCGAAUAUUGUCUCAUGUCAGGGAUUCGAUCUGCUAUCAAAUAAUUAGUUUAUAUGCUUAAUAAUGAAGUCUUCGGCGCGUUUUUAGAAUUUAGUGAAACUCAGUUUUUGACUUUUAAAUCAAAAACACGGUGGUGCAAAAUUAAAAAUAUUGAACUACAUUUUAAGUGAUUUAGCAAAGGUUGUAGUUCUGGUCAACUGCAACACAAAGCACAUUUUUUCAAUUUAAUAUACACACACACUUAAAUAAUUGAAAAAUUGGUUGAAAAUAACCGCGUAACACGUAACUAGGGAUUUCCCUAUGGUUCGGGUUCCAACUUGUCCCUGUCCGGCAGACACUUUUUGACAGGGCGGCCCUCUACUAGAAUUUCCGAUUUUCUUACAUAAACAAACAAAAGGGAAACCAAACAAAUAUAUAAAUUUAUCGGCUAUUAUUCCUUCACAAGACCACUUCACUGUUCACCCACUGCUGCGGGCGGAAAGGCGGUUGGUCUCGUCCGACCCGCCGGGACAACAGCGGCCGAGUUCUCCCGGUAUUAUUGUUGGCUGUUCCGGUAGCGGUCCUUAGCGGUUAGCUAGGAAAGUGAGUAAGGCGCUUUUGCAGGACUUCCCUAGCGACUGGUCGAAUAAUCGUCGGACCACUCACUUCCCGU